AUGCUUGAUACUCAAUCUGACUAUUUCACACCCACUACUCUUGCCAACACCAGUAUUAACACAUUCACAGUAACUACACCCACAAGCAUUGAUUUUAAUGAUCAGUUUGAAAAUGACGAUUGGAAAUGGGAAGAAGGUCUUCGACUCAUUGAAGAAUUUGCAAUUUGGUUGGAUAAAACUGAUCAAGUUUGGUGUGAAUAUAAAAAAAAAUUCAUAGAGAAGCCACUUGUGGUUGCAUUGAAAUCUUUAAAAAACUCACAAGAUCUUAGCGAAGAUUUUUUAGACGAGAUUAAACGACAUGGAAGUCUUAAAUUAGAUGGUUGUCAAAUAUUAAGUAAUAUUGCCAUGGGUCUCUUGGAUAUUCAUAAGAAUGCAACAUUUCACAAGAAUCUUCAUUGUGGAAACAUCCUAAAAUACUCUAUUUUCAAUAUCGCCGAUUUUGGUUUAAGUGGACCAUCAGGAACAUCUAACCCAAAAGGUGUAUACGGUUCUCUACCUUUAGUUGCUCCUGAAGUAUUAGCCGACGAGGAUUCGUUGAAUGGUUUAGAGGAUAUUAAUGAUCUUAAUUCAUUCGAUGAAAUAUUAAACUCACACAUUACAAACGUAAGAUAUCCAGUUGCACCGGAUACACAUCCAUUCGCUAUCUACACAAGCGACUUUUUAUUAUUUCCAAAUCUACCUGCACCCACCAAUUCCAUAGCAAUUUCUGAUCCAUCAGAGGAGAAGGACGAACCAAUAUCAUCAUCGCCACCAUUUUUCAGCAUUAAUAACAGUAACUUUUUAGAUCAAGUGAAUUUGGCCUUUGAAGAAUAUGAUACUAACUUCCCACCACCAGAACUUUCAGAACCAGAAACUGAUAAUGAAGCAGAAGAUGAGAUUUUUAUCCCACCACCUUCGUUUCCGAUAAUGAGAAGAAAAUCAAUUGCACCACAACCAGUGUUUUAA